CCAGAAGAAGGAUGUGGAUAUUCAGAUGCAAUAUUUUGGCAUUUGUGUUACUUUUGGUGGGGCCGUACAGCGCGUUUUCUCUGCAAGAUGUGACGGCCGAGCUUUUCGGUACCGAAAACUAUGGGACGGUGGCAGCGUUUGGAGAUUUUAACGCGGAUAAGCAAACAGACAUGUUCAUCAUCAGAGGGCAGUCCGAACUGGUGAUAUUCCUGGCUGACUCAAAAACACCUUACUUCAAGCCCAAAAUUAACAUCACAAAGGACAUUUUCCCCAGGGACACCGUCCUCACCAGUGUGGUUCCUGGAGACUAUGAUGGGGACUCUCAGAUGGAUGUCCUUCUUACAGCUCAGAUCUCGAAAUCCAAGAUGACAACUGUGUUCAUCUUCUGGGGGAACAACCAGACAUUGGAUAUGAGUGGGUGGCUCGUGCUGAACAAGACCUUCACAGAUCAGCCUCUUGUUAUGGAUUUCAAUGGGGACAUGAUCCCGGACAUUUUCGGAGUCACCGAUUCCACACCGUCCAUAUUCACCGAAGUGUGCACUCUCACCAAAAGGAUUCCCGUGUGGCAGAAAGCGCUGAGUUCCUCCAUCAACAUGCGCACCCCUCACUCGAACGCUUUCAUUGACCUCAACAAGGACUUCACCGCUGAUUUGUUCCUGACAGCCGCUGGGCCCAAGUUUGAGACCUGGAUCAGUGAGGACGGGAAUUUCACCAGACAAGAAGUCAUGCCGUCGGAGCCACCGGCCAAGAUUGUCGGACAGUCCUCCUUCGUCGACUUUGAUGGUGAUGGCUACCAGGACCACCUCCUCCCCGUGUGUAUGGAUGACACCUGUCAACACAGUGCCAUCUUCAUGGCCAAGUUGGGCUCAAAGGAGUGGGUACCAGUGCUGUUGGAUUUCCAGCAGAGGGAAACGAUUUGGAGCUUUGAUCUCAUGAAACUCACCACCCCACUGGUCCUGCACUUCGGGGACUACAACCUGGACGGCUUCCCUGAUGCGCUGGUGGUCCUGCACAACACCAGUGGCAGUGGUCAGCAGGCCUUUCUGUUGGAGAACGUGCCCUGUAACAACGCCAGCUGCCACAGUGUUGGGAGGAUGUUCCACAUCCUCUGGGACCAGGCAGAUUUGGGAGCCAUCCAAAAUGCCGUCAUGGCAACAUUCUUUGACAUCUAUGAGGACGGUAUAUUAGACAUGCUGGUUCUAAGCCAGGCAGAGGGCGAAGGCGACUUGAUCAUCCACGCUUUGAAGAACAAUUAUGAAGCUGAUGCCUACUUCGUUAAAGUGAUGGUGCUCAGCGGCCUCUGCUUCAACAACUGUCCAGACGAUGUCAAGCCUUUUGGUGUCAAUCAGCCUGGUCCCUAUGUCAUGUACACCACAACGGAUUCUAACGGCAACCUGAAGAACGCCUCAGCCGGUCAGUUGAGCCAGUCGGCCCACUUCUCCCUCCAGCUGCCCUACACUGUGCUGGGCCUCGGACGGAGCGCCAACUUCCUGGAUCACCUCUACGUCGGCAUCCCCCGACCAUCCGGAGUGACGGAAAUCCGGAAGAAGGAGUGGACGGCCAUCAUUCCCAACUCUCAGCUCAUCGUCAUCCCCCUCCCACACGACCAGCCCCGCCGUUGGAGCGCUAAGUUGUACCUGACCCCUAGCAACAGUGUGUUGCUGACGGCCAUCGCGCUGAUCGGAGUGUGCGUCUUCAUCCUCGGCAUUAUUGGCAUCCUCCACUGGCAAGAGAAGAAAGCGGACGACCGGGAGAAGAGGCAGGAAGCCCACCGUUUCCAUUUCGAUGCCAUGUGAAGGAGGAGAACUGCAUUCUGGGAGAACGUCCUCUCCAAAUCGGCCUCGCCCUUCUUCUCCCGUCACACACACACAUUUCACUCUGCCUCGUUUUAAGGGCCAAUAAACGGAUCCUCGUUUGACCCAAAACGUUUCUUUUUUAUAUUUCGUAGUCCUUCAGUCAGACAUGAUAUAUUUAUGUUCCAUUUUAUUUAUUCAUUCUGGUGUUAGAUGUUCAAGAGCUCCAACAAGUCCUAAUGGGCAGGGAUUAUUAUAGGAUCAUUUCAGGAAUAAAAAUGACACUAAAUUCCGUUGAAAAGUCCGACAAUUGAGUCCAAUAUUGUCCAUUUUUUGUUUAUUCACUGGAAGGGAAACACCUUGGGGACCGGGUGUUAAAAAUGUUUAAUGUUACUUGAAAUCCAUGUGUGUUUGUGUUCCUGCCCAUUGUCUUUAGUCCAGUUGAUUCAUUUCUGUCAUUUUUCAUUUUAUUGAAAUAUAGUAAAUAAAUUCUUCUGAUUUUAUGAGCUGUAAAAUUACAUUGAACAAUAUUCUGUGAUAUCAAUCUCCGCCUUGCAGCAGCUGCUGUUGGUUGCAAAGUGAACACAAUACGGACUCACGUCAUGAUUCUGUGGAACACGUCUCUGCUAACAAUCUCACCCGAAACUAAAAUGAAGAACGGCCUUCAGGUCUGCGGAGUGCAAAUUCUUUCUUUUUUUCUCAGUUGAUCGUAUCACAGUGCAUCGUGGGAGUGCCAAACAAGAGUUUCUGUGUUGCAUCCUGCAAAAUGUCUAAUGCUACUGCAUCGAGGCUCGGCAAACGGUCUCAAAACACGUUUUCCUGUUGAACUGCUGAAGUUGGCGGUCGAUUCCAGCUUGUGUCGAGACGUGGUUUUAUAUUCCGUUGUCUUUUUUUAAUCCGGCAAAGUGCUGCAGAUAUCUCUUUCACUAGAAUGAGCCCAUGCCUUUGCAAGCUGUUUGCACUUUUAAACUAUUAAUUAAUUGCGGGUUUGUGUAAUUUAUUUCAUUUUGACGAUUUGUUUUACAAAUGAAUGUUCAAGCUACUAAAUGUGUUUACUUAAUGAGGUUCAGAAUAAAGGUUUCUUCUGCUUAAAUGAA